AUGUUAUUAAAACGUACACUCUUCGCUGCUUUUGUAGCCUUUUCUCUACUCGCGUUAUGUCUCAACGCGACUCCACUACGUCGUAAAACCGGUGACAAAGCAGUCGUCGAUUUAAAGAAACAACUUGGCGGCGACAUUACAUUCACUCAAUCUGAUGAAACUACUAUAACGGCUUCUGGACAAUUUUCGGAAGGUAUCAAAGAAAAUGAUCCCGACAAUUACUUUAUCGAAAUUGUGGGUCUUCCAAAUGCAUCCUUUACUCAAUUGGGUAUAGAAAUUGAGGUACCUGGUACCAAACCUUUUUCGAACUCCCAUGCUGGACUUAUUAGUUUAAUCGUCGGCAAAGAGCUCAAGGUUUCCCAUAAGGAAGAUAUUAUCGCUUCGGGAACUAUAGAGUCAAGCAGCUAA